UUUUGGUUCGGUUUGGGACCCAGGCCUUGCUCUUGCCUGCCUUGCUUGCUCCACUUAUGCACAGCUUCCACUCAAUGGGAUGCUGUUGCUCAGCCCUGCCGUGGUCCGUGUGGCUCGAAUCUUUAGGCUUCUUAGGAAUUCCACCGUUUCAUGCUUGCUGCUACUUGACUAGAGCGUAAAUCGCUGCAGCCUCAUCAACAUCCCACCUCUCUCUUCCCCUUUCUUUCCCGAAGACAUUUUCCACCACGCCAAGAAGCAGCCCCAACUCCAGCAUACCGACGGCACUUUGCAUCAAACCCAAUCACCAGACCUUUUGCUGUCUGCUAUCUCUUCGAGACUAGCAAAGCCAGUUUUUUGAGCGACCUCCACGGAGCUACCCCUCCUUCCGCACCAAAAUCGUGAUUUGCACCACUCACAACAGCUACUCCAUCCAUUACAAUGGCGGCGACCGUAACACCUGAGGUCCUCUGGGCGCAACGCUCCUCCAAGGACGAUGCCGAGAAGAACUUUAUUUACCUCACCAUCAGCGUCCCCGACGUGCCGGCCAGCAACCUGAAGCUGGACCUCAAGCCCACCGGCCUGACCUUCUCGGGCCACUCAGACACGCUCAAGCGGUCGUACUCGCUCGAGCUCGAGUUCUACGCCGAGAUCGACCCGGCCGCGAGCAAAGUCAACCACACUGCUCGCGAUGUUGAGAUUAAGCUUCGCAAGAAGGAGCUCAGCGAGGCCUACUGGCCGCGUCUGCUCAAGGGCACCCAGAGGUCCCACUUCCUCAAGACCGACUUCGACAAGUGGGUUGACGAGGACGAGCAGCACGAGGUGGCUGAGGAAGACUUCUCCAACUUCGGCGGUAUGGGAGGAAUGCCGGGCAUGGGUGGUAUGGGCGGUAUGGGUGGCGGUGACCUUGGCGGCAUCGACUUCUCUAAGCUCGGCGGCGGCGCUGGUAUGCCGACGGGCGACGAAGAGGAUGAUGAAGAUUCGGAUGACGACAUGCCCGCUCUCGAGGGCGAAGAGGAGGAGGCUGGCGAGAAGCCGGCCGGCGAGAAGAAGGCGGAGGCGUAAAAGGACCGUAAUGGAAAACCGAUGAGAGUCUGCCAGCUCGGCUUUAUUGGGCACGAGGUAGGGGGGGGGGUUAUGAAAUACGAACGAAAAGUAUCAUCAAUCGCUUUAGAAUAACGAUUUUGGUAGGUGGUCUCGGCUGAUUGAGCAACCUAAUUUGGCCCAACAGACAGGAUCUUUUUUUAGGCGAAUGGAACUUGUUACUGGCAACUCGUAGUUAUAAGGCAAAAGAGAAGAAUCGUCUCCCUUUGUGACCCCUCUCCCCCCACCCCGAAGAGACAUCUUCAUCGGCUACGCCGCGGGGCGGAA